AUGGCUGACCGUUUUGGAAAAAUGGGAAAGAGAGAGCUUCUAAGAGAAGGGGAUCAAAACUCCAAAUUUUUACAUGCCAAAGCAACCUCGAGACGUCGAAAUAAUUUUAUACAGAAGCUGAAAAAUAAUGAUGGAGAGUGGGUUAGUUGGGAAGACGAUUUACCAACUGUGGUGACUAAUUAUUUUCAGCAAGUUUUUGGUUAUGAAGAUGUUGAAUUUGGUGAUGUGCUUCACUGCCUACAACCGAGAAUUACUGAGGAGCAGAAUGUUUUGUUGAUGGAAAGUGUUACUGCUGAGGAGAUUAAAAAAGCUCUAUUCCAAAUGCAUCCUCAUAAGUCCCCAGGCCCCGAUGGUAUGACUCCGGGUUUCUACCAGAAAUUUUGGCAUAUUGUGGGAGAUGAUAUUGUUAACUUGGUAAGAUCUUUUUUCAAUAAUGGGACUCUCCCUCGUGAUCUUAAUAAUACAAAUAUUGUCUUGAUCCCAAAGAAAAAGGUUCUCGAGCUAAUGAUUGAUCUCCGGCCGAUUUCCUUGUGUAAUGUGAUUUAUAAAAUUAUCUCAAAGGUGCUUGCUAAUAGAUUGAAACUUGUUUUGCCUGAUGUUAUAUCAUCCACUCAAAGGGCUUUUCUUCCUGGCCGAUUGAUCUCUGAUAAUAUAAUGGUAUCUUUUGAGAUUAUGCAUUACUUGAAAAGGAAAAGGGUGGGUAAGGAUGGUUUUAUGGCACUCAAACUCGACAUGAGCAAGGCUUAUGAUUGUGUUGGUUGGGCUUUCUUGGAAGCUAUGAUGAUUAGAAUGGUUGCUAGAGGAGCUCCUCGAGUUUCUCAUAUGCUAUUUGCUGACGAUAGCUAUGUUUACUGUAAAACUAAUGAGGAUGAAGCUGCAAUAUUGUUACAACUCCUACAAGUGUAUCAACGAGCUUCUGGUCAGCAGGCGGGUAAGGAAGUUUUGCUUAAGUCAGUUGCUCAAGCAUUGCCUUCCUCUGUUAUGAGUGUGUUCUUGUUGACAAAAGAAAUUUGUUCUAACCUUGAGGGGUUGAUAUCCAAAUUUUGGUGGAAAUCUCAUGCAAACUCUUCUAGUAAGGGUGUAAGUUGGAUGAGUUGGAAGAGGCUUUGUCGACACAAAUAUGAUGGUGGUAUUGGCUUUCGGGAUCUUCAUAAUUAUAAUUUAGCUUUUCUUGGUAAACAAGGGUGGAGGUUGCUGAAUAAUAAAAAUUCCUUGGUUAGUAGAAUUUACAAAGCAAGAUAUUACCCCUUGGGUACAUAUCUUACUGCUAGUCUUGGACCAAAUCCCAGUUUUAUUUGGAGAAGUUUUUUUGAAGCUGAAGAUCUGGUUAUAGCCGGUGCAAGAAAAGCUGUUGGAGAUGGCACUUCGGUGAAUAUCCUUCAAGUCUUGUGGCUCCCUGAUCAACAUAACCCUUUUGUUAUUUCCAACCAUCCUGCUUUGGAGGGACAAAUGGUGGGGUGUUUGUUUCCGGUGGGGUUGAGAAGAUGGGAUGCAGAUGUGGUUAAUGAUCUCUUUGAGGAGAGAGAUAGGCAGUUGGUAUUGUCUAUUCAGUUGAGUGAUAGGGUGGAGAGGGAUUCAUGGUACUGGAACAAAGAAAAUUCUGGGUUGUACACUAUAAAAAGUGCUUAUCUUUUUUUGCAAAAUUCUGCAGAAUUGGAACCGGUUGCACAUCAUGGUUACAAGCAAAUGUGGCAGCUCGAUAUACCUCCAAAAGUGAAGCAUUUUCUUUGGCAUGCAAUAUCUGGUUGUCUUCCUAUAAAGCCGUGCAUGCUGGAUGUUUCUAGUGUUGAUAUGGGUGCUGCAGUUUGCAAGACUUUGGCACUUGGUUCUUAA